GCUUUCUCCGUGAGUGAUUUCAACAGAUUUUCUUUUCUCACGAAAUACGGAAGUGAGAGCAGACGAAACAAACAUGGCAGAAGGAGGCAGUAAUGAGACUGUCAGCGAAAAGGCGAACAAACUUCGAGAAUUAUUUCUUUCGAAGCAUUCAGGAGAUAUUGAAGCUGGACAUUACGAUGACAGAGAUGUUAAAAAGUUCCGGGAAGAUGAUGCCUAUGUUGCCUCCUUCAUCAGAUACUAUGAAACACUUCAAGACGCAUCUAAUCAUCUACAUGAGUCACUCAAGUUCCGCCUUGAAUUUGGAGUCAAUGAUGUAACAGAGGAUAAUUUCCCCCAGGAAAUGUGGGAGACUGGUGCAAUGUAUUAUCAUAACCAUGACAAAGAUGGACAUCCUAUAUUGUAUAUUCAAGUAAAACAGCAUGUAAGAGAUGCACAGUUGCUACCUACAAUUAAGAAGUGGUUUGCCUUUCACCUGGAAAAACAGUAUCGAAAGGAUCCUGAUUCGACUGUUGUGAUUCUCUUUGACCUGGAUGGUGCUGGUUUAUCGCAGAUAGAUAUGGAGUUUGUGAAGCACAUCAUCAACAGUUUCAAAUUAUACUACCCAAAACUUCUAGAAUAUAUGUUAGUGUAUGAGAUGCCAUGGUUGUUUAGUGCUGCAUGGAAACUGAUCAAGCAGAUGUUAAAUGCCGAGUCUGUCAAGAAGAUAAAGUUUGUAACAAAGGCAAAUGUUCAGGAAUACAUCAACAAGGAUCAGCUCCUGGGACAUAUGGGUGGCACAGAUACUUUUGUAUAUAAAUAUGAGCCACCCUGUUUUGAUGCUGGAGGUGGAGGUGACGAGGCAGAUGAACCUGAUGGGGAAUCUGCUGGCAAAAAGAAGGCUGAUACUAAGCCUAAGGUGACAUUUGCAGAAGAGGAAAAUAAGAUCUACAAAAGUCUCAGUAAUGACAGCCUAAGUACAGAGAAAUUGAAUGGAAAUAACAACAGUAACACUAAUAGCAUUUUACGGGAAAGGCGAGGUCCCCCACCCAAACAUAAAAAGCGAGGAAAUAGGGAAGACAACUCUUACAUUGGCCGACUACUUACUAUAAGUCCAGCAGAAGAGCUAGAGUUUGUGAUAGAGGAAGGAGUGAAGGAAGCCUCUGAUAUAAUUACUUUGAAAAACACCCUGCCUUAUACCAUAGCCUACAAGGUGAAGACAACAUCUCCAGAGAAAUACCGUGUACGACCAAGUUCAGGCCUUAUCAAGUCAGGGACCGAAACAGAAGUCAUGAUACAUUUACAGCAGGGCUAUCAAAACACUGUGCACAAAGACAAAUUUCUGAUCAUGGCAAUGGAAGUGGCCAAUGAAUCAAAUAAAUCAUUUUCAGAACUUUGGAAAUCUGUUCAGAAAGAUUCCAUAAUGGAACAUAGGUUGCGCUGUGUGGCAUCGACAAGCAAAGAAUCAACGGGUAAUCUUGGUGGUGGAUUCAAGACUGGACCAGCCAAUCAAGCUGUAUCUGAUCUAUCAAAAAAGGUUGACAGCCUUGUGGAGUACAAUAGACAUCUACACAAAACAAUGAAGUGUUUGCUAGUUUCUCAGGUGAUCUUAGUGACUCUGUUGUUAGUGGUUGUUAUAAUGACAUGGUACUCUUGGAGUGGGAGCACACAGACACCAAUUGAUAGUGUUGCCGCUGAAGUAUGCUCGCAAACUUGCAACGUAUGAUGGAAGUUGUCCCAAAAUCAGCGAAAAUGACAUUUUAUUUUUGUACAGAUGUAUUUUAAGAACACUGUUGUGUUUGAGACACAAAUGGUCCAAGUGAUUUUUAGCUUGACUAUUCGAAAAAUAAGUAGAGCUAUCCUACUCACCACAGCGUCGGCGUCACACCUUGGUUAAGUUUUUCGUACCAGUCCACAUUUUGACAAAGUCUUUUGAGAUAAAGCUUUGAAACUUUCAACACUUAUUUACCAUCACCAUGGCCAGUUAUAGGCAAGAGUACAUAACUCCAUCA